AUGACCAAGACAGCAACAGUGAAAAAAGACAGCGACAAAGACAGCAGCAAAGACAUCGACAGCGACAAAGACACGACAGUGAAAAAAGACAGCGACAAAGACAGCAGCCAAGACAGCGACAGUGACAAAGACAGCGACAAAGACAAAGACAGCGAAAAAGACAGCGAAAAAGAUAAAGACAAAGUCAGCGACAAAGACAAAGACAAGGACAAAGACAAAGACAAGUACCAGAACAUCUUGUCCUUGGCAUUUGCUGUAAAAGAGAUAAAUGAGAAUCCCAGAAUCCUACCAAACAUCACAUUGGGUUUCCACAUUCUCAACAGCUACAAUGCAAGGUUGACUUAUAAGGCUACCCUGAGCUUGCUUUCCUCACAGCACAAGUUUCUCCCCAACUUCAAGUGUGAGAGACAGAAAACUCUCAUAGCUGUCAUUGGAGGACUCGCCUCAGAAACCUCGGUCAAUAUAGCCACUGUUUUAGCCAUCUACAAGACCCCACAGGUGUUGCCCCUUUCUGUUUGCAAUGACUACUGCUAUCCUGGCUACAGCAGGAAGAAGAAGGAGGGAGAGAAAUUUUGCUGCUAUGAUUGUGCUCCAUGCCCAGGAGGGAUGGUCUCGGAGAAGAAAGAUAUGGAUGUCUGUGUCAAAUGUCCUGAAGAUUAUCAUUCCAACUUGAAACAAACUCAAUGCAUUCCCAAGGAUAUAAGCUUCCUCUCUUACAAAGAGACUUCGGGCAUCGUCUUAGCAGUUUUGGCUGUUUUUUUCUCUCUGAUGACAACUUUGGUACUUCAAACCUUCUUGAAACAUCAAGAUACUCCUAUAGUCAAAGCCAACAACCGGCACAUAACCUACAUUCUCCUCAUCUCCCUCCUGCUUUGCUUCCUCUGCUCCUUGCUCUUCAUCGGACAGCCUUUAAAAGUGACCUGCCUUCUCCGACAACCUACUUUUGGCAUUGUCUUCUGCGUGGCUCUUUCCAGCGUGUUGGCCAAAACCAUCACUGUGGUUUUAGCAUUCAUGGCUACCAAGCCAGGAUCCCAGAUGAGGAAGUGGAUUGGGAAAAGAAUGGCAAACUCCAUCGUUCUUUUCUGCUCCUUUUUCCAAGCAGGCAUUUGUACUAUUUGGGUAACUACUUCCCCUCCAUUCCCAGAUAAGGACAGGCAUUCACUGAAUGACAAAAUUAUCCUGGAAUGUAAUGAGGGCUCGGCUAAAAUGUUUUACUGUGUCUUGGGCUACAUGGGCUUCCUCGCCAUGGUCAGCUUUAUGGUGGCUUUUCUAGCUAGGAAGUUACCUGACAGUUUCAACGAAGCCAAAUUUAUCACCUUCAGCAUGCUGGUCUUCUGCAGCGUUUGGAUCUCCUUUGUCCCCACCUACCUGAGCACCAAGGGGAAGGACAUGGUGGCCGUGGAGAUCUUCUCCAUCUUAACCUCUAGUGGUGGCUUAUUGGCUUGUAUCUUCUUUCCAAAAUGCUAUAUUAUCAUUCUAAGGCCUAAAUUAAAUAACAGGGAGCAUUUAAUAAGGAGAAAUAAAAUAAUGUAA